AUGGCGUCUACCUCUGCAUCACCACUGGGAUCUCUCUCGCGAUUCACUCUCGAGAUCCGCCGCACUAUCUACGACUUCACACUCGACCAUUCAGAACGCGACUACCACUUCGAAGUCGAGGCCAACAAAGUCCUCCGCGUCCCAGAGGCCACCGUCUCCCUCCCCCGGCCAACCCCAGUCAUGGCGCACGUCUGCGGAGAGAUGAGGGACCACCUCCUCGAGAGCCACACCGAGGCCUCUUUCACAUGCGUCGUAUACAACAGGACCUGCACAGAGGGCGGCUGCUGGGAGGAGAAGGCCGACCCGCGAAACCCGCAGGUUGCCGCCAAGACCGGCUGGUUCAACCGCAAGUCUGACAGGGUGACAUUCUCGCGGCACGAGCUCCCCGCGCCCCCGCGCCCGGAGUGCAGCGCCUCCCCGCUGUCGGACGACGAAGAAGAGGAGGAGGAUCAAUGCUACUCAGGGACAUAUGAGAAGCAGGGGCGUCAGCUGCUGCUGAGCGUCGAGCCAUACCAUGUGACGGACUUCGUCAAGCUUGUCGAGGCCGAGCGAUCCACGUUGGUCCAGAAGAACCGGGACGAGGAGACUCGCGUAUACCCGAGGGACUUCUACGACAUCAUCCACCAAGGGCCAGCGGUGCUGGUUCGCCGGAGCUGGUGUGCAUAG